AUGCCAUUACCAUAUAGCAAAAGAAAAGGCUAUUAUCAAGACCGUUAUAAAAAGAAGAAGGAGCAAACGGGUGUAAAAAGUUCACCCCCGGAUUUCACACCUCAGAAGUUCACCCCGCCAACCGUAACUAAGAUUGACCAACAACUUGCCAAGGUUAUCACCGCUGCCCUCCAACAAAUUAACCAAGCCAAUACCCUUUUCCGGCAAGAAAUUCGGGAACAUUUGCUCCAACAAGCCAGUAGUAAUGCCGAAGUCUUAAAAAUCGUUAAUCAGUUAGGUGAAAAAGUUAAUAAGUUACGGCAAAAACCCCAAACUAGCCAACAGCUUGGGCAAACCAAAUUCGGAAUAUCCUGGAAACUAUCACCAGGCGGAAAAAAACUGUUAGCCGCCGCUAUUAAGCAAUUAGAAAUCGAGACCGGAAUUUCCAAGGUGCUAGUAGUUGUUAUAGUUGUUGGUUGGGGAAAAAAGUAUCUCGAUAAGCAAAAAGAUUCCUGGGGUCCGUUGGCGGGAAUAUUAGGUGGUAUGGUUAAAACCGAGCCUAAGUCCAAGAGUUUAAAGAGUUUAAAAAGAAACGCCUCGGCUUAUUAUCAUUGCUUAGCUGAUUGUUGUAGCAAGGGAGAGUGUGGCAAUAUAACUAAAUGCACGCAUCAUUGCAAGACCAAAGCUCCGGCUCUAGCCGUGCAACGAGCCCAAGAAGUUAAAAAAUUCACGGAUGCUUAUAUUCAAAUGGGUGAGAGUGCUAAAAACUUGUUUGGUUUCUUCUUCGGUAAUAAUGGCAAAGGCAAAACUAAAAGUUUGCGAUAA